AGUAGAUAUAUAUUUUUGUGAAACUACUGACGUUAGUCAACUUAUUCUUUAAUUCUUUUAUUUAGGUUUGUUGAAAUUAUUUACAAAAUGUUUACGAUAUACUUUUGCUUAGUUAGUGUUAUUUUAGCCCCAUUGGUGUCCUCGAAAAUUUCUCUAAUAUCUCUUGGAGGAAAAACAUAUUUGAAUGGUCAAUUUGAAGUCAAAGCACCUGAUAAUGGCAGUAUAAAAGAUGGAAUUGUGAAUGGUCAUACCAAAGGUUUGAAAUUAAUCAUUGAAAAAAUAUUGACGCUUCAAGAAAGAUUAGCUCUUUUAGAGCGAUUAAAAAAAUCAAAUGACAAAUCGACCCAAAUGGAGAAGGAAAGAAUGAAAAUAUUAGAGGAUCGUGAAGAUGAAUUGGAGAGAUUGGUAAAAGGUGAAGAAGAACAACGACUGAACAAUUUAAUAAAUGAAAAUAAAGUCCCACAAGAAGCUAUAAGUCGUAAGAAGUUUAUUGUUAAAGAAAUUCCAGAACAGAAAAAAAAAUAACAGAGGUUGGUGGUGUGGAAGGUGACUCACAAAUGAUGCAGUACAAUUAUGUAACAGAAUGAUGAAAAUAUCCAACAUGACAGUUAUUAAUAAAUUAAAUAAUAAUUAUCAAUAAAUUUAGGCCCGUAACUAAUGACUCAUAAUUUAAAAAUGUCGAUAUGCCAUAAUACAUAAACUUUAUCAGAUAGUAGAAUACCAAUUAUUAUUAUAAUUUGUAUUAUUAAACUAUUAUUAAUGAAAUUCGUAACAGCUAAGCUUUACUCUUCAGUAUUUUUAAAUUACAAUUUCAAAAUAAUAAACUAUUUUGUAUACACAUAGA